UUCGGGACUUUGUUUAGCAAAUUGUAAAUUAAGUUUCGUAAUGUCUGCGACACCACCCUUUAUUCAGGGUUCUGUCCCCCCACCCCCUCCGGACGCUACGGUGGCCACUGUAUUCUCUAGGUAUGACUGGGGGGCAAUACCCCCCCGCAAAACCUUACCCCCCCUCACAACACCUGUUACCAAAGUGGUAACCUCAUGGGCACACGUAGAACCUUGUUUGACAGUGGACGAGUGUAAACAAAGAGUAAGGGAAAUACAGAAGAAACAGAUGGAAGAGGAUAAGUUGGACGAUAUUGAAUACAAUUUUCUCAUCGGAGGGGAUGGUAACAUCUAUGAAGGAAGAGGAUGGUACAACGUCGGUCCUGUCUACCCAUCUGAUCUCGCCUAUGCUAAUGACCUGAAUGGAAAAAGUGUAGAGUUUGCCUUCCUGGACAAAAUAGCUGUGAAGCCAAAUGACGUUCAUGUGAAGGCCACUUCAGACUGCGUCGCUUAUGGGCUGGUAGCUAAGUUCCUUCAAGAGAAGGUUCAGUUUUACCUCAGGUCACCAGGGCAAAUCCGUUAUCUAUCAUCAUACCAAACGAACGCUCCGGGAGUUGAGGAGGACUUAGAGGAAUCUUCAGGCCCUCAAACCCCCAGUAAAAGAAAAAAUGCUAAAAGAGGAUAG